AUGGCAGUGCGACUUCGCUGGCAGUAUAUCCUGCUGUUCUUCGCGUUCUUAUCGCUAAGUCUCGCUGCGAACCCGACCUCAUUCUGUAAAUGCACCUGCUUCACCAACAGUACUAUCAUCCCUCUAGAUUCCAAAGAUGGCACCUCUCGACCUGGCGGCGACUUCGAUGGUGACGGCGAUGAACACAAGGACCUGAAAGCGCGGACGUGUAACGAUUGUACCAAGUCAUUCUGCCUCUCAUACAACCUCCCGAUUUGCAAGGAUGCGUCUGGGAAGGAAGCGCCUGAGCAUGAGAUAUUCACAACCUGCUUCCAGCGUGAUAGUACAAAGGAUCAGGUGGUCAUCUACAUGUUCAUCCUCGCGACGGUGGGCCUGUUGGCGUGGGCAGUCGUGAAGCCGUUCAUCGGGACUUUGCGAGACAAGACGAGAGCGAGACAGACUUAUGCGCCAGUGGAUUCCGGCAAUGGACAGUGA